AUGUAUGCUGAAGAAGUUGAGCUUACUUUGGAUGCAUUUGGCGACUGGAAGAAGGUAAUUUGGAAGACUAAGCAAGAAUUCAGAGCCCAAUACUUCUUUCCGAAAUCACCACUUGCAACCAACAAGGUUCUAGUGAAGAUCAAUGAUCCAUUUGUGAUGGAAGUCAUCGAUGUUUUUGUGGGGAACAUCAAUGUUCUAGUGAAGAUCAAUGAUCCAUGCUCGUGGUUUUUUGUUCCAGGACACAUGAAGGAACAAAUAGAACAAGUGUUAAAGGAGUUGAAGUUAUUGAGAUUUUUUGUCUGCUUUGUUUCAAACAAAUGUAUAGAGCCUCAAUACCGAUGUACUACUUUUUAUACUCAUGCUUUAAUUGAGGCUAGCCACAUCGCAAUGGUUGUGUGGUUGCAUUUGCCAGUCUAUGGCAACGGAAAUCAAGACUUGGCUCCAACUGAAGUCAGUCGUUUGCUUUCUGAUUUCAUGGAAAUGAAGAUUAAGUCCAUGGAGCUAGGCAUCAGCCACAACAGUAUUUAUAUUGAUGUCCUGCAAACAUUGAAGUCAACCAUACCACAAGCUCAAAAGACGCAUGCAGCUGAGAGUAGCACUGUGGAGAUUCCAACACACAGUCUGACGGUUGGUUUGAGUCAUCAAAUGGCUAACCUUCAGGACAUGCUCUGCCUUCUAAGAGACAAUCUCAUUCAUCUGCCAAUACUAGAUCUGGAAUUUCAUCUUCAAGAUAUGGAUUCUGUUAUUGUUGAUGCCGGACUUCUUAUUUACUCAUUAUAUGAUAUUAAGGGGGAGAAGGAAGACACAACAUUGAAUGAUAUGAACCGAGCACUUGGUUUGGAUCUUCCAAGAAACAUUGAGCCUAUCAAGGCGAUGGUCUACCUUGUCAUGCAAAAGGCAUUUCAAUCUAACUUGCCAAGGAUUCAUGGACUAGGAAAUGUCGAUUUUCUAUUGAAAAACCUGAAGGAUUUCCAAGCUGUUGUAGAAGAGCCACACAACAAGCUCAAGACACUGAAUGAAGAUUGUGCUAUACAGAUAAUUAGGAAAGCACAUGAGGUUGAAUAUGUAGUUGAUGCUUGUAUUAACAAAGACGUUCCUCAGUGGUGCAUCGAGCGUUGGCUCCAGGAUAUCAUAGAGGAGAUUACUUGUAUCAAAGCAGAGAUUCAGGAAAAGAACACGGUUGAGGAUACAAUGAAGACUGUCAUUGCUCGUACAUCAUCACAAUUGGCAAGGACUCCAAGGAUGAAUGAAGAGAUUGUUGGGUUUGAGGAUGUCAUAGAAAAUUUAAGAAAAAAACUACUGAAUGGAACCAAAGGGCAAGAUAUCAUUUCAAUUCACGGCAUGCCAGGUCUAGGUAAGACGACUUUGUCAACAGACUCUAUUCUGACAGUAUAUUCGUAUAAGGAAUUGUUAUUGGCCUUGCUAUGUGAUGCUAUCGGUGAUGAUUCUGCGCGUAGAGAACUUUGUGCCAGUGAAUUAGCUGAUAUGCUUCGCAAAACUUUAUUGCCCCGAAGGUACCUUAUCCUUGUUGAUGAUGUGUGGGAAGAUAGUGUUUGGGAUGAUUUAAGAGGUUGUUUUCCAGAUGCCAAUAACAGAAGCAGAAUCAUUCUAACGACAAGACAUCAUGAAGUUGCCAAAUAUGCUCGUGUUCAUAGUGAUCCCCUUCAUCUUCGUAUGUUUGACGAAGAUGAAAGUUGGAAGUUGCUUGAAAAGAAAGUGUUUGGUGAACAAAGAGUUCCCCUCUCAUAA